AUGAAGAUGAUCGCAGAUGGGUUAAAUGAAGAAUCAAUGAUUUUCCUGAAAGAAAUCACGAAUCCAACAGAUAAUGUGGAGAUUCAAUACUUGGCAACAAACGUCGACCGUCAAUUUCAGGAUAAAGAAGGCAUGGGCUGGAUUUCUCACGUGAUUGCGAAUUCGACUCGGCCACUGCACGUUCUGCGUCACCUGAUCCCGUUCGGAUUUCCGGUCAACUUAGCCGAUAAUAAUGGAGCGAUGCCGCUACAUUACACAGUGAAAAACUGUAAAAUCGAAGAAGACAAGCUUGGAAUCAUCCUCAUCCUCCUCGCAAAUGGUGCAAAGGUCGAUGCGAAAACUUCUGAUGAAAGUAUGACAGCCCUGAUGAUGGCCUGCUGCUUAGGUGAUGUCCAAUCUGCGGAAUUGCUACUUGCUCGGGGAGCGUCAAUCCACGCCACAGCUUUGGAGUCACAAAUCAUUUGCAUUUUCAGAUUUUUUUGCAGGAAUAUUGUUCUAGGGAAAGCUAAAUUUUUGCAUGCAAGAAUGAAUACAUUGAAUAUUUUGGGCAAUUACAUCCGCACUUUGAGCAAUCCACUUAUACGCAAGCAUCCAAAAACAAUAACCCGCUCUCUCGACACUCAAAAUGUUACGCAGAAAGAUGCAUAUGUUGACUCCGUCAAAGCUUGGUUUCAAAUUUUAAAAAAGACAUAA